UCGGACACUCCUGGAAUAAUAGCGAAAAAAUAUUACUUGAUGUUGUAGGUUUUAUCGUUAUAAUUCUUAUAAUCUGCCUCUGCUACUUUUAUUGUUCACUAUAUCGGCAACGCAGAAGUAAUAAUGAUUUGACAACAAUGACCGAUAUAGAAUUGGGGAUUCUACAUGAAGUAUCUUGCGAAUACACUCGAUUCAAUACGAUUUACAGUCCUAUGUUACAUUAUAAUCCGGAUGAAUGUGCGAUAACUAAAAUUGCACGUAAACAGAUUAUAUUUGGAAAAAUUAUUGGUAGCGGCGCAUUCGGAAAGGUGUAUCAAGGAAAUGUGAAAAACUUAGAAAGUUCGGGCACAGAGAUAUCCGUUGCAAUAAAAACGCUUCGGACAGAUGCUUCUUCCCAUGAGAAAAAGAGAUUGUUAAAGGAAGCCGAGCUUAUGAAUCGUUUUCGACACAAACAUAUAUUAAGAUUGUUGGGUGUUUGUUUAGAUGGGAUUUCUCCGUUUCUAGUGUUGGAAUUAAUGGAAACUGGUGAUCUGUUAAAAUAUUUGAGAGAUUGUCGAAAUUUAGAAGCGUCAGAUUCGCACGCUCUGCGUUUGCAAGAUUUGUUCGCCAUGUGCGAAGAUGUUGCGCAAGGUUGUUGCUACUUGGAAGAAUUGCGUUUCGUACAUAGAGAUCUAGCGUGUCGCAAUUGUUUAGUAUCUUCCAGAAAUCGCGAGAAUCGUAUUAUCAAAAUUGGAGAUUUUGGAUUAGCUAGAAAUAUCUACCAGAAUGAUUAUUAUCGCAUGAGAGGAGAAGAUUUGCUUCCUGUUCGCUGGAUGGCACCCGAAUCUUUGAUGAUCAAUAUAUUUACUUCUCAAAGCGAUGUUUGGUCAUUUGGUGUUUUAAUGUGGGAAAUUACAUCUUUGGGUGAGCAACCUUAUAGUGGCAAGGCUAAUGAAGAAGUGAUAAAUUAUGUACGUGCUGGAGGCAGGUUGCCGAUGCCUCUUAAUUGUCCGUCAGCAUUGUACCAGUUGAUGCUACGUUGCUGGAGUUCAGCGGAUGCUAGACCAAAUUUCAACUUUUGUUUGAAAAAUAUUAUAGCAUUAAGAAAGAAUAUAGAAGAUAUCUUACUGAGUCCAGUCGAUACUAUUUAGACGACAUAAUUAAAUUAAAUUUAUCUUCUUUUCUGAUCGAUUCGAUAAAUCUUGUAGGAAAAAUAUGUAGAUGUUGCAAAU